AUGGCCAGAUUCCUUCCCACAGGUUCAAAAGAAGAUCAAUCUCCCACAGAUGAACUGACCAGGCGAGGAAGACGACAGAGAAUGGCAGGAAAGCUUGAACACCACACCAAACAGUUGUCUGACCAAUGCUGGCAAGCCACACGCCGGACGAGGCCUUCUUUAGGGAGAACGGCAUCGAGACCUGACCCGCCUCAUUCUUUCCAUCGCAAGGCUGUAUCCCUCGAUACGAAUGAUGAGAGUGCUCCUAAGCCAAGAUGGCCUGGUAAUAUGGGGCCUGCAAUAACGACUGUUCAACCUCGAUAUCCACCACCUAAAAGAACGCCUACACCACCUGGUGUGCCCUCCUUUGGCACUCCAGAGGCUAUGAGCUACUCUGCCCAGUUUCUGAUGCCAGACAACAAUGCACGACCAACCCCAAGCCUGGGACGCGGCGGCCCUACUGAUGAACAACGUAGCAGCUCGUAUGGCGAGACCAUAAGGAGAUUCUUUGGUUUCUCUUCUAUGUCUCGUGCCGGUGGACUUUCUGUUCGUGGUAUAGGAAGAGCCCAGGAUGGAACUAUAGUGCAGGGUCGUUUUCCCUAUCGACAAAGUGGUCAUGGAAUGAAUGUCGGCCGACAGCUUCAGGACCACCCCUUCCAUCGACUCAAUCUUCCAAUUGCCCAUCCUGGACUUGCAGAUGCAAGCCAUGAUCAUGAUAUCGAGACUGCACAGGCAAAGGAUGGUCUUAAGGUUCGCUCAAGAAGACAUUUUCAGCUAGCCGAUUCGUCAUCCAGACGACAUUUGCUCUCGCCAGGGCGUGCAUUCUCCUUCCCAUCAACCCCAGAAUCUGCCGUAGUAAACCAUCCACGGCAGCCCCGAGCUACUGCAAUCCUUGGCCUGCCGCGCAAUCUUUCUGUGUCGGAUGUUCCGUCCAUAACUAUAACAUCUACGGACCCAACGGAAGCUUCCAUCCAAGGGACUAGGGCAAAUAGAGACCAUCUUCCUCCCAAUCCUUCCCGGUUACAUACCGUUCUUACUAUGGCGGUCCGCGGUGGCAGUGCAGAUGAAGACCCUCAUGCAGGUAUGCCUGUCUGUGCGGACGUCCUGUCUUGGGUUAAAUCUCAGACUUGCCUCUGCUGUUGCUUCAGCAGCUAUGAGGAGCCAGAAAGUCCUUCUUCUCUUGGGCCAACCAGCUCACAAGAAACAUAUGCUACUGCCCAGAGCCAGCUAUCGCCUGCUGAAUCUCAAAAUGAAAACCCGGAGGGAAAUACUCGUCUCCAAAGCCUCCAACUAUGGAUCUCAUCCGUAUACGGUGUCAUGUUUCCGACCCUGGUAAAUCCUACCGCUGUAUAA